CCUUGUAUUUUUCAGCAAGCCUUUUUUUUUUGGUCAGCUUUCCUUGUGAAAUAGCGGACUAUCAGAACAGCAUCUGAAAUUUAUGGGAAGGGACGUUUUAUUACUAUCUGAUGUUUUAUUGAUAUACAGCGCUACAGACUAUUGAAAAUAAGGGUGAGGACCUUGCCUCUUAACCCGGCUCUGUCAUGGAUGAAGAAACUCAGCACAGCCUUGAAUGCAUCCAAGCUAAUCAGAUUUUCCCCAGGAAGCAGCUGAUCCGUGAGGAUGACAAUCUCCAGGUCCCGUUCCUAGAACUUCAUGGUGAGAGCACAGAGUAUGUAGGCCGAGCAGAAGAUGCUGUCAUUGCACUUUCCAACUACAGACUCCACAUCAAAUUUAAAGAAUCAAUCGUAAAUGUUCCAUUACAGCUUAUAGAAAAUGUUGAAUGUCGAGAUAUAUUUCAGCUUCACUUGACUUGUAAAGACUGCAAAGUUAUCAGAUGCCAGUUCUCUACCUUUGAGCAGUGUCAAGAAUGGCUUAAGCGUCUGAACAAUGCCAUCCGCCCUCCUUCGAAGAUAGAGGAUCUCUUUUCCUUUGCUUACCAUGCCUGGUGUAUGGAGGUCUAUGCCAGUGAAAAGGAGCAGCAUGGUGAUUUGUGCAGACCAGGAGAGCAUGUGACUUCUAGGUUUAAAAAUGAAGUUGAACGGAUGGGUUUUGAUAUGAACAAUGCCUGGAGGAUCUCCAACAUCAACGAAAAGUACAAGUUAUGCAGUAGCUACCCUCAAGAACUCAUAGUUCCUGCUUGGAUCACGGAUAAGGAACUGGAGAGUGUGGCAAGCUUCCGCUCUUGGAAACGCAUCCCUGCUGUGGUUUAUAGGCACCAGAGCAAUGGGGCAGUAAUUUCUCGUUGUGGGCAGCCUGAGGUGAGCUGGUGGGGUUGGAGGAAUGCUGAUGACGAACAUCUUGUCCAAUCUGUGGCAAAAGCCUGCGCCUCAGAUUCUAAGUCUAACAGCAGUAAACUGAUGAAUGGAAACUGCUCGCGAGAUUUCUCCAAUGGUGGGGAUUUCUCAGAUGUGGAAUUUGAUUCCUCUAUCUCCAACGCUUCGGGAGCAGAAAGUUUAGCCAUUCAGCCCCAAAAGCUGUUGAUCUUAGACGCACGUUCUUACGCAGCUGCUGUUGCAAACAGGGCCAAAGGGGGAGGUUGCGAAUGCCCAGAGUAUUAUCCAAACUGUGAAGUUGUGUUCAUGGGAAUGGCAAACAUCCAUUCUAUUCGGAAGAGUUUUCAGUCGCUGCGUCUACUCUGCACGCAAAUGCCGGACCCAGGAAACUGGCUGUCGGCUCUAGAAAGCACCAAAUGGCUGCAACACUUGUCCGUGCUCCUGAAGUCGGCGCUGCUGGUCGUUCAUGCGGUGGACAGAGACCAGCGGCCUGUGUUGGUGCACUGCUCAGAUGGAUGGGACCGAACCCCUCAGAUCGUGGCCCUGGCUAAGCUGCUGCUGGAUCCCUAUUACAGGACAAUAGAGGGUUUCCAGGUACUAGUGGAGAUGGAGUGGCUAGAUUUUGGACACAAGUUUGCUGAUCGCUGUGGCCACGGUGAGAAUUCAGAUGACCUGAACGAACGCUGCCCAGUGUUUCUGCAGUGGCUUGACUGUGUCCAUCAGCUCCAGAGACAAUUCCCCUGCUCUUUUGAGUUCAACGAAGCAUUCCUGGUCAAGUUGGUGCAGCACACCUACUCUUGCCUCUUUGGUACAUUCCUGUGCAAUAAUGCGAAGGAGCGAGGUGAAAAACAUACGCAAGAAAGGACCUGCUCAGUUUGGUCUCUGCUGCGAGCAGGAAACAAAGCCUUCAAAAACCUCCUUUACUCCUCCCAGUCAGAAUCCGUGCUGUAUCCCGUGUGUCAUGUGCGAAACCUAAUGCUCUGGAGUGCCGUUUACUUGCCAUGUUCUUCUCCCUCUACCCCUGCGGACGACACCUGUGCCCCAUACCCAGCCCCAGGUUCCACCACUGAAGAUCAGCCUCUGGGCAGGCUACCAAAGACAAGGUCAUUUGACAAUCUAACCACAGCCUGUGACAGCAGCGUGCCGACAACCAACCGGCGUAGCAGUGACCCUAGCCUCAAUGAGAAAUGGCAGGAACACCGUCGGUCCCUGGAGCUCAGCAGCCUUGGGAACCCAGGGGACGAUCCUUUUGAUGGAGAAAGUCUGGGAAAGCAAGGCAGGACUCUGGUGGGAGCAGAGCUUUCUGUAGCCGUGGCAGACGGGCAGAUGGAAAACAUCCUGCAAGAAGCUACCAAGGAGGAAGGGGCCCUGGAGGAAAGCUCAAGGUCUACUCAGGAAACCGUGGGUAAAGAAGGGGAAGAGGACGUUGCCCCCGAUAAGGAAAGCAGGACUGAAAACCUGGACAGCUUUGCUGAUAAAGUCUAUGAAGAGACGGAGGUGGACACAGAUACCUUAUUAGACAAUCCCGCUUCCAACCAGCAGACGGUUUCACAGGGUGCUUCUGAGCUUCAAGGACAGCGGGCUGAGCAAAUGGCUCUCCCUUGUGCUGUUGAGAAGCUAUCUCAGGUGCUAGAAUGGCAGUCUAGUGUUGUAGACAAUACAGUAAAUAGUAACCUCGAAAGAGGGGAGGAGGGCGGUGUUCGUAGACUUUAUGUACAAGGUGAGAGCACCUGCAGUACCUCCCAGGCCACUCUGCCACUGCCCGCCCUGCCAGAGGCAGGAACGUCCAACCUGGAAAGCUCUACUGAAACUUUGACAGAGCAUGGCGCAAAGGCAGAGGUGGUCCAGAAUGACUCUUGCUCCUGGUUUCAUCCCGUGAACAACAGCACUGAGGACCUUUCCCACCCUGAAAACAGGCCUGAAAGGGACGACUCGUUAGAGCUGCACAGAUUGGCUGUGAACCUAAACAGGAGCAGCAACGUACGUGAUCCCCUGCCUCCUUCACCUUGCCCCUUGCCUUUAGCCGACUAUAAAGAGACGGUGUAUAACGGAGAGCUGGAGCUAGAGAACAAGGUGACAGAGAGCCCGGUUGGGUUCAGCGUUGCGCAGAAACACCCUGCUCCUAAUGGACAUUGUCUGAAUGGAGAGGGCGGGAAGGCCAAGCCCCCCCUUAGCCGCCAGGUCUCCGCAGCCAGCUGUGGCUCUGCCCCUUUGCAUCUAAGGAACUUGCACCACAAGUGGGUACACACCAUUCCAGGCCGGCAGCCGGCAGCAAACAGCCCAGACCAGCCGGCCCGAAGUCACCUGGAUGACGACGGCAUGCCAAUUUAUGCUGAUGUCAUUCAGCAGCGCCUCCGCCAGAUUGAAACUGGGCACCAGCAGGAAGUGGAGACCUUAAAGAAGCAGGUGCAGGAGUUGAGGAGCCGGUUGGAGAGCCAGUUCCUGAACAGCUCGCUUCAUUUCAAUGGGGAUUAUGGAGAUGAAGUGACUUCAAUACCUGACUCGGAAAGCAAUCUGGAUCAGAACUGUUUGUCUCGCUGCAGUACAGAGAUUUUCUCUGAAGCCAGCUGGGAGCAGGUGGAUAAACAGGACACAGAGGUGACACGAUGGCUUCCGGACCAUCUGGCUGCCCAUUGCUACGGCUGCGACAGUGUGUUCUGGCUUGUCAGCAGGAAGCACCACUGCAGGGACCCUGAACGUGUUGAUCAGAUUUGGAAUUGUGGAAAUGUGUUUUGCUCCAGCUGCUGUAACCAGAAGGUGCCGGUCCCCAGCCAGCAGCUCUUCGAACCCAGCCGAGUCUGCAAAUCCUGCUACAGCAGCCUGCAUCCCAGUAACUCCAGCCUUGACCUUGAACUGGACAAACCCAUCGCGGCCACUUCAAACUGAAACUCCAGCCUGGAAGGAAAGGUGGGAAGAGAGGGUGCUGCCUCCAAUCUCUUGAGCAGACAGGGCCCAUUUUUUGGCAGACGGACGGACGGACGGGCCUGGAGAUGCCAUCAUGCACUUUGGAGCUGGAAGUACAGGUUACUGCUCAGAGUUUCAGGAUGUUGGGCAUGAACUGGCGGAGUGAGGAAACAUUUCCUUUCCAACCCUUCUCCCCAUUCUCGUUUCAAUCUCCUCAUGUACAUUUUGUGUGAAUUCUGCUGGAAGACUGAGAGAGGGAGCAGAGCUGGAAUCUCUUUUCCUGCAGGCGUUUCAGCGGCCCUGCUGUUGAUCCCUGUGCUGCUGAUGGAUGACUCUGCCUUGCUGAGCGGAGGAGGGCUCUUUGCUCCAGAGACCUUGUGAAUCCCUGUAGCGUCUGUGCUCGUGCUUUCAGUCACUCCUGUUCUUUCCCAACAGCCGGCUGCUGUCUGGGAGGUUGUUGCUGCUAGAAGAAGUGGAAGCUGCCUUUUCAAAAGAACUCUUUCCCUCUCUGUUUUUAGAGUGGGCUUAGUUCUUCUUGCUGCACGUGUGGGAAGGGGUGGGAGGAGCGGGGAAAUGGGUUGCCGAUCUCCCCACUGGGCGGUUGUUGACCAACGCGGGCCAGCCUGUGGCUUGGAGUGGGAAACCUCUGGACUGCUUUGGCUGGAGAAAGUGUCUGCUUGUUUGCGGGAGGUGGGAAGGGCAGGCAUUGGGCAAGCUACCUGCUUUGGGUUUCUUUAAAAGCCGGCACCUCCAAGUGUAGGAAUCUGGAAAACCCCAUUUGUUAUAAAGGAACUGGUGCCUAAAGAUGCUGGUAGUUCUGGAAAUGUCCCACUUGUAGGAAGAGUUUACACAGAAGACAGAUUGUCUUCCUUUUGUGCAGAUUCAGGUGGUGAUGUGUCACUGGCAAGGGUCUCCUUUAUGUGAGAUCCCAAACCAAAUAUACAACUUUUUUGUGUUUUUUAAAAAAUAAUUUUAAUGUAAAGAAUGGGAGUCAGCUGGUCAGUCAAGGUGGAAUAGGUUGAUGCUCUAAAAUGGAAACUUCCCCACCCCCUUUCCCCAUUACAGAAAUUUCUUAAUGUGUAGAUAUACUUGGCCAACAAGAAUUUUAAAAAGUUUAUAUAUUAAAAUCACUUUUAAAUGUUGCUCUGUGAAGGUGCAACUUAGUCCUCAUAUUUUGGAUUUUAAAAAUAUUUCUCCCCAGUCCUUUUAAAAUAUUGUGGCCGCAGGGGGAAAUCUACAAUACUUGAUUUACAAUUUAUUAUUACAGCUAAGCUAAAACACCAUGCACCUAAAUGUACCCUCAGGUAUAUAUGCCAGCCUCUCUUCUGCACACUCAUCCUUGAAAAUCUGGACUGGUGUACCCGUUCCUUUUGACAGCCUGCAGCCGCUUGAAGCUGCCUCCCACAGGAUGAGUUCUCCAUGCCACCAGUGCAUAUAGGACAUUUCUUUCCACCUUCUUCUCCUGCCUGGGUGGAGAGCUUCCAUGCGAGAGCCUGCUAAAAACAUACAACACUGUCCUGGAAAACACUUCAUGGCUGGUCAGAUCCCCAUGAAUAACUAGACAUUGCACAGAGGAAGAGACAGCCAGCAAAGGCUCCCCCAAAGAGCAACAGUCUGAUAAGUGCACCUUAGAAAAAUGAAACUACAAAUUUGUAAUUUACCCAUGGGUAAAUCACAUCACAUAUGAAGGGGACACUUUCUAGAGAAGUUUGCAGCCCAUUGAGAACCUCGGAACACCCUAUGGAUCAAUAGAGUAAUAUGAGCCACCUUCUGUCAUGCGUUGUGGUGGAGUUUUCCAUAUUCUUUAUGAACCAUGCAUGGGUUGCUUAGAAUACAGUAAAAUACAGAGCAAGUGUCCAGGUUCCAAGAGGCUUGUGGAAGAAGGUGGCCAAAGGGUGUGGCUUCUUGGUAUUCUCCAUUUCACUAGAGAAAAAACAAAUUUUGAUUUGGCUUUUUCAUAGAAAAUGAAAUGCUCUAAGAAGGGGCAGCAAAGAUGCAUGGUGUUUCUCUGAAGGCUACAGUUUGACGUAUUGUAGAGGAAGCUGGAACAGGAAGUGAAGAGCCUUCAGUUUCUCAUUGAAGGAUUCGGGGAUGAGUAGGGAGAGAACGACUUUUGGAGGGGAAAUAGUUUUUUUUGCUGCCUGCAUUGCCAGUGUGGUUUUUAUGGUACGAACAGAUGGUGAAAACAAGGUCUAAUAUUCUGCAGUUCCUAACGACAGGUGCCAAGAGGUUCUGAUAUGUGUACAGUGUGAAUAAAUGCUUGCCGCUCUUAGUCUUUUUUGAUCAAUGAAGCACUUUUUUAUUAAUAUUAUUUUUUUCUUUGCAUGUAAAGCAGGAAACUAUCUCCACAUAGUUGUGUAUAUAUAACCCUUCUCUCCUAAAGAGGAGCGAUGUUGCUCCUUUAUAUUUUUCAUUUUUUUUGUUGGUCGAAAGCAAGAUGUAAAUACUUUGGAAUGGUUAAAUAUAUAAAUAAAAAGUGAAAUAAAGUUUAGAGUUUUGCAUGGGA